UUGUAUUUACUGUAGGGUCCCCUCCUUUCUUCUGUAGACUCUAUUGUCACAGGUAGGAUCACAAAUUUUUCAACCUCAAAAAACUUAGUUCUGGAAGUAUUGUUUGGAGUAGGAUGUUCAACUGAGAAUUAAUCUCUGUAAAUGAAAUGUACUGCAUUUUAUAGAUUUACUUUUGGUAAACUUCCUACUUUGGAUAGUAAAAGUUCUGUGAUGUGUAUCAAAAAGCUUCAGUUUCUGUAUAUUAAGUACAAGAAUGUGAUUGAAUCACCAGCUGCCAAUCUUUUUGGUAAAUUGAUCCUAGAUUAUUUUCCUUUUCCCUGAGCAUUCAGCUCUCAAGCUUCCACUUCAGUCUUGUCUAUCAGGUCUCUCUUAGCUGUUUUCCCUGCAAGAAAUACCAUGCCAGUAUAAAACAUGUUUAUACCAGUGUAACUGCAUUCCCACUAGUAUGAUUUUGCUGCCUCAAUUACACUGGAAUAAUUAAAGCAGUAUAUCUUUUGUGCAUUGUCAACCCUUAGCUGUGGGUUCUUCUGGUACUGCAAGAGCUCUUUAGAGAUUACAGAGUAAUAAUCCCAGUAAUUAUUCUGUGCGUUCACUGCAGAAGGUAACAUUAACCAAGUUGUUGUAUCUUUUACAGUGGGGUAUUAAAUGGUAGCAAUUUUAUAUUUUUGGUUGCACUAGCAGAAUUGCACUAUUGUUCAAACAGUAAGUCUAGAUAACAAAUAAAAGCUGUUGUUUUUCUCAAGCUGUGUGGUUAAUUUUUUUUAAAUAUUGUGAACAGCACUAAUACAUUUUUAAUGUAAUGGUGCUGAAUCACAGCUCCUUGCACUUUUGCAUAUAGUGGUAUACUAUGUAAUGCUUUGAAAGUGUUGCUAUUUUUCAUUCAGAACAUGCACGUUUUUAUUACAUUGCAUUAUCAACUCGAAAGAAUCGUGUAUGUAGUGAGUGGUGAUAACUGCCUUCUACUCUAAAGCAGCAUAAUGGAGCAACAUUUCAAGUUCCUUUUUGAAGAAGGCAGGUUUACAUUACAAUUGAGGCAUAACAAAAGACAUUUGCUUAAAAUUAAAAUAUAACCACAUCUGUCAUCUUAAGAUAUUUAUAUCAUUCUGGAUGAAACAGCAGAAUUACUUAGCUGUAGCGAACAGUUUAUUAAUACUCAUUAAUAAUUUUGUCUAGAAUAGUAGAGAUUCUGCUUGGUAAUCAGAAUCGCUGCAGCUUUUUGUUUAUAGGGAGAUGCUUUUUCAGGAAUACCUGUAUUCUGCCAGUCGACACGGAAUAUUACCACGUAGAUGAGUGAUGGCUGGGGACUGCUUUUUACCAAGGUAGUGUUUUAUUCCAACUGUGUACACUCUGUCUCAAAAAAAAUCUUUUUUGCAGAUGCAGUGCCAGAAGCAAAUAGGAAAUCUGAGGCAUUAUAAAAGAGUGUGUUAUAGCACACUGGUGCCAUCUGAUGAAGUAACUAUUAAUUACAGACAUGGUCUUCCUGUGAUAACUGUUAUGUUACCCUCAAGAAAAGAGCGCUGCCAGUUUACUGUCAAGCCAAUGUUAACAACCGUGGGGACCUUCCUGCAGGACAUACAGAAAGAAGAUAAAGGAAUCGAGAAGGCAGAAAUCUUUACAAAUGAUGGUAGCAAGAUUUCUACUAAAACACUGGUGGAAAUGUUAUUGAUGAAUGAUUUUAAAUUGGUCAUCAAUGAUAUGACAUACAGUGUAAGAGUCCCUAUAAAAGAUAAGUUAAGUAGCGAGCAUGCUACUGAAAUGGAAGAUGUCAAAUCCUUGGUUCAGAGACUGUUCACAGCCCUGCAUUUAGAAGACCAUCAGAUAAAGAGGGAGAGAGAACUGCUACUGAAACUGGACCAUCUCAAGGAACAGCUGAUACCCUUUGAACAGAUGAAAGCUGGAAUCACAAAAAGUGCAGAUGCAAAGACCUCAAGGCUCUUGUGGAUUGGCUUAGCACUAAUGUCCACUCAGGGUGGAGCCCUGGCCUGGUUCACAUGGUGGGUCUAUUCCUGGGAUAUAAUGGAGCCAGUCACAUACUUCAUCACUUACGGGAGUGCCAUGGCCUUCUAUGCUUACUUUGUACUUACUAAGCAGGACUAUGUUUACCCAGAUGCUAAAGACAGACAAUUCCUUCACUACUUCUACAGGAAAUCCAAAAGCCAGUAUUUCGAUGUGGAGCAAUAUAACAAAUUAAAAGAGGAUCUGGCAGAGGCUGAAGAAUCCCUAAGACGCCUGCGUCAGCCCCUACACCUGCGUCUUCCAAUCCGGGAAAUACAUGACAAAGACUAACGGGUGUUCCUGUCUCUCUUUCUCUCUUUUUUUUUUUUUUUUUUUUAAAUAUAAUUGAAUGUCCUUCCAGAAUUGAUUAAAACCUUUAGUUUUACAGAAUGGGAAAACUUGGAUAUUUUUGACCACUAUAGUUUUGAAAAUUACAAUAAAUGUUGUUGAGACU